UCUUGUGUCUGUGUCCUUCUGGUCCCGGGUACCCGCAUCUGUGCUCCAUCACUCAACCUGAUCUAAUCUUCUCAAACAAUUUAUUUUAACAGUUGUGGGCUCGUCCGGGAAGGGGGGAUUAUCCCUGUGAACCGGGAAAAGCACGCCAGAGAUCAGGAAAGGACCUACAAUAAAGGGGCACUCAAGUCUCAGUGGACACGUCUUCUGUCAAGAAAUGGACUCUAGUUUCAUGUAUUCAACAGUUGAUUCAGAUGAAAUACACUCUCAGUACAAAGGUAACUCCACUGAAGAGCAGGAAAGAUUUUGUCCACCUAAAUGGACAGAAGUUCUUCUGAUUGUUUUUGCAGUCUCUCUGUUUUUUGCUCUUGGAUGUCUCUGUGCUCUGAGUAUACUGUAUGUCAGUGUUUCAGUGAAGCUGUCUGCCCAGGAAACUAAUGUCACCAUCAUGACAAGACGGCUUGAGGAACUUACAGCCAAUGGCAAUUACAGCAGAGUUAUUGAACAUCUCCACAUCAACAAUAGAGAGUUAUUCAUGGUGAGAAAUAUUGAGGAACUUACAGCCAACUGCACCAGAGUUAGAGAACAACUGUCCAUUUAUGAAGAACAGGUGAGAAAAUUUCAAGUUUUCAAUCAGAUAUCCAACAGUACAGGUUGUGCAAUCCACUGGAUUCAUUCUGGAGGAAAGUGUUACUACUACUCUACAGUCAAGAUGAACUGGACACAGAGUCGAGAUCACUGUGUGACUCUAGGAGGACAUCUAGUGAUCAUAAACAGCAAAGCAGAGCAGGAUUUUGUUACCUCUAAUGUUGAAGAGACUCACUGGAUUGGUCUUAAUGAUGUGGACACCGAGGGUCACUGGGUUUGGGUGAAUAACCAGCCAGUUAACAAUUCAGUAGAAUUCUGGAUGAAACGAGAGAAUGAAACCAGUGAGCCUGAUAACUGGACUAAAUUUCAUCCGGACGGUGAAGAUUGUGCUGGUCUGGGUCAUCCAGGCGCAGAGACGGAUUUCUGGAUGGAUGCUUACUGUUUUGAAGAGAAAAGAUUUGUGUGUGAAGCUGCUGCAGCGGUUUAAUUCAUCACUCCUCAAUAGAUAUUUCUCACAUUCAAAAAAAUUGUAAUUUACUCACCAUUAUUCAGAACCAACUUCAUUGGAAUACAAAGACACAUUUUGAAGAAUGAAGUGUAUUUAAUACUUUCCCCCCGAUAUUCUUCACGUUUUGAUGCGUAUUAGGCCAAACUGGAUUACUAUACAAGAUAAUCUUGGCUAAGUUCAGCAAAUGCUUUGUAUUAAAUGUAAGACUUACUAUUUUACAUUAUGAUUGAAGUUGCAAAAAUGCAAGUUUCCGCUUUUAACACUUUCUUUACGCCCAGAGUUUCCAAGAUGGGGGCAUCUGCAUUUUUGGUAAAU